UGAUUGGUGGAGAGCGGGAGGAGGCGGAGCCAGCGGCGGGGCGCGGGAGGCGGUGGAGGCGGCUCCGGGGCCGCAUCGAGGCCCGAACCGGGCCGGGCCCGAACCGGGGCCUUUCGGGGCCGGGCCAGGCCGAGCCAGGGUCGCUCCGGACCGAGGGGCGUCCCCGGCACCUGCAGCCCCGUCCGCAGCCGGCGAUGGCGGGACGCGGCCCCGUGCAGAGCCUGAGCAGCCUGCAGAAAACCGCUCUGCUCCUGGGCGUCCCGGCGGCGGCCACCGUGCUCUACAUCCUGUACCGGCGCUACCGGGAGAGCCGAGAGGCGCAGGUGACACUGGUGGCAGACGAGGGGCUGGAGGUGGGGGUCAAGGUGCCCCGCACGGCCCUGAAAUCGCUGAUCGGCCGCCGGGGAGCCACCAUCAACCAGCUGAGGCAGGAGACGGGAGCCCAGAUCGAGCUGGAGGAGGAGGAGGAGGAGGAAGGCGGGCACUCCCUGGUGCAGAUCUCGGGCUCGCCGGGCCAGGUGUGCCGGGCCAGGGCGGCCGUGCUGCGCAUCGUGGCCGACAGCGCGCCCGUGGCCGAGCAGCUGCGCGUGCCCCAGAGGGCCGUGGGCAGGAUCAUCGGGCGCGGCGGGGAGACCGUCCGGGCCAUCUGCCGGAGCUCGGGGGCUCGCGUGGAGUGCGGCCACGAGCCCGACGCCAGCCUGGCCCCGCUGCGCAUCAUCCGCCUGCUGGGGACGCGCAGAGAGGUGGAGGCGGCCAAGAAGCUGAUCAUGGAGAAGCUGUCGGAGGACAAGGCGUUCCGCCGGGAGCUGGCGCAGGCGGCGGCCGCGCGGUGCCCGCGGAAGCAACCCCUGGGCAGCCGCCGGGAGCCACCGGAGCCGCCCUCCGGUCCUCCCGGCAGCCCCGGGGGAUGGCAGGAGUGCUGGGAUGCGGAUUGGGCACCGGCGGCCCGUCCGGAAACGGCGGCGGGGAGCGACGGGAUCGAGCCGGAGAUGGGGAGUGAGGAGCCCGGGGAUGCGGGAGAGGAGCCCGAGGACAGAGGCGAGGAGGUGCCCGUGGCCAAGUUCGAGGUGCCCAGCCCAGAUUUCAGCUUCCCUGCUGACGAGCACCUGGACGUUUACGUGUCGGCGGCCGAGAGCCCCGGGCACUUCUGGAUCCAACUGCUGGGCACACGCAGCCUGCAGCUGGACAAACUGACAGCUGAGAUGGGCCACUUCUACCAGAGCAGCCCCCCCGUGCCACCCCCGUCCGUCCGUCCCGGUGACAUCGUGGCCGCCCCGUACCUGGACGAUGGCGAGUGGUACCGGGCGCGUGUCCUGGGGACACUGGACAACGGCCACCUGGACCUGUACUACGUGGACUUUGGGGACAACGGCGAGGCCCCCCCCGAGGCUCUGCGGGCCCUCAGGAGCGACUUCCUGAGCCUGCCCUUCCAGGCCAUCGAGUGCAGCCUGGCCGGGAUUGUCCCCAACGGUGGCACGUGGCCCCAGGCUGCCCUGGAGGAGUUUGACCGUCUCACGGGCUGUGCCCGCUGGGCCCCGCUGGUGGCUCGGAUCUGCAGCUACGGCCCGGCCGGGCCCUGCCUGCGCCUCUUCACGCACUGCCAGGGACAGAGCCUGGACGUGGGAGCAGAGCUGAUCCGUUUGGGCUACGCCGUGCCCGGGCCCCCCGAGGAGCCCUCGGACAAUCUCGGCUGCGCCGCCAUCCCGAGCCCGGUGGAGCCCGGGGACAGCCCCGGGACCCCGUCCUGCCUCAGCCUGCCCGCCGCCGCCGUGCCCGGGGACGCUGUCACGGUGAGCUGA